CCCGACGCUUUGUCUAUUCAGUCACGUGUUUAGAUGAACCGCAACCGGUGGUUCUGAACGGCUGAAACCGGAACCGGACGCGUCGGUGCGGCGCAUCUCUCGACCUCGACUCAGAUGAUCUCUUCACGACUGCUUCCUCUAUCUGCCCUGCACACUCUCUCUCCUCAAUGGCUCCGAAACGGAAAGCAAAGCCCGCGCAGGAGCCGAUCAAGUACGCUUCAGUUACUGCUCAGCAGGCCCUGCUCACCCUCCUCCAGCGCACCUUCUCGGCCGCCUUCUCCGACCCCGCGACCCUCUCCGCUGCAAUCCAGGCCGUCAAAGCCCAUCUGUACGCGCGCGACUACCUCGCCGCCUUUGACUCGCCAGACUACCUUCUCGCCUACGUCGUGCGCUGGUCUUCUUCUCGUGCACUCGCGUACCUGCACGUCUUUGGCGACCUCUGUCCGCAGAUCCCGCUCCUGCUCUCCUCGGCCGCAAAGCCCAAGAAGCGCGUGCUCUGCGUCGGCGGCGGCGCAGGCGGCGAGGUUCUUGCGCUCGCGGCGCUGGCGAACGAUCUUGGUGCGAGGGGGGUCGAUAUUCUUGCGGUUGAUAUCGCGGACUGGGAGGACGUGUUCACGCGCCUGCGCGACGGCAUCGCGCGACAGCUGGGAUGGCUGGCGGAGGAGGAUAGCAAGCCGCCGGUGGAUCUCAAUUUUCUGCAGUUUGAUAUCCUUGAUGUGCCAUGUCAGAUCCUAGACGGCGACCAAUCUCAAAAGAUCUCGCUCGAGUCUUUGUCUUCAUCUUCAUCUUCUCCUAUCACCGCAACCGCAACCGCUCCUGAUGCUCUUCCUCCUUCGUCUUCCUCUGCACCUCCCGCACCUCCCGCACCUCCCCCCACCGACAAACUCGACGUCUCCAAAUUCGACCUCAUCACAGUCCUCUUCACCGCAAACGAACUCUUCGUCGAGUCCAAACCCCGCACAAUCUCCUUCCUCCGCCAUCUCUGCGACCGAUGCAAACCCGGCACCAUCCUCCUCAUCCUCGAAUCCGCCGGUUCUUAUUCCCACAUCUCGAUUGGCUCGAAAACAUUUCCUGUCCAAUUCCUGCUCGAUCAUACUCUCGUCGAUCCAUCUCCUUCUCCCUCCUCUUCCUCUUCCUCUUCUUCUUCUGCUCCCUCUGAUCGCUGGGAAAAGUUGAUUGAGGAUGAUUCUGUCUGGUUCAGGCUCGACGAGAAACAGCUGCGAUAUCCUCUCCAGCUAGAAAACAUGCGCUUCUUCAUUCGUCUCUACAAGAAGCUUUGAUUUUGUUCUUGUCUUCUUUUUAAAAGUUCUUUUUGUUUCAUGUGGGUAUACAUUUGGUUCGGUGUUUCUUCUUCUACUUAAUAUUACUUCUUUCUCAUUC